AUUAUCUUUUUUUAAAAACUUUAAUAAACAAAUAAAAAAAAGGUCGGUUCCGAGAAGAACCCGGCGCGUCUCGAUCGCCUCCUCCCUUCUCUCCCCGCCUCUCCCUCUCCCUCUCCCCUUCCCCUUCCCCUUCCCCUUCGUUAAUCUCCCUUAAUCGAAUCGAAAAUCGCCAAAAUUUUUCUCUCCGAUCUCAAUCCGUUUUCACGCGCAGUAGUUUUCUUGUUUCCUCGAUCUUUUGAGUUUUUGUUUUUCUUCUUUUUUUUCCCAAUUAAGACUAAGAAAAUUUGAUCUGAUUCAGCUUUCGUUGUAUUGAAAUCGCCUUUUUUGCACGUAUAUUAGCUCAUCGAAGUUGGAGCUCGAAGUUUCUUAACAAUUUAGGAGGUUUCACACCUCGUACAAGUGUGUUUUAGCUUGUUAGUUAGUUCCGAGAGGCUUCGGCAUGGCGAGCGCCAGCUCCGACGCCGAAAUGGCAAAGAGGCGAUCGGAGGUCGUGGAAUGGCUCAACGGUUUGUUCUCGGACUUCAAAUUGUCUCCGAACGCAUCCGAAGAGGAGCUGAGGGCGCGGUUGAUCGACGGCGCAGUGUUAUGUGCAAUUCUUAGGAGGCUGUUUCCUAGAUAUGUAGAAGAGGCUCGCGGUGUUGAUAAUGUAAAGAAGUUUCUCUCGGCGAUAGAACGGAUGGGUCUGCACGGUUUCAAAAGCUCGGACCUAGAACAGGGACCCAUCUCUGCUGUAGUUAUUUGCCUUCUUUCUCUUAGAGACCGGUCGAGCUCUCAUGUCGGAGAGGAUAGGUUUCCUAACUCAUCAGCAAAGGGCGAGAGUGAAGCGAUGAGGAGGUGGAAGCUUCUAGAGAACAGUAGGUUGGAGGCCGUGGAUGUUUUAAGAAUGGAAAAUUCUCGAGGGGCGCAGAACGGUGAGGGACUGGGAGAGGAGAGGAAGCAGAGCAUGAUGGAAUCGAAACUCCAACGAGUGCUUCGAAGCCCCGUAAUGUCAGAACCGUCAACUCCUCUAUCGCGUUAUGCGGGACAUAAGUUCCAUGAGGUUUUCCAACUCAAACAGGGGGGCUAUUCUGACCUCCCUGCAGCUAAGAUUUCAGAAAUGAUGAAAUCAAAUAGCUUAGAUAAUGCCCCGACCCAGUCACUUCUAAGCGUCGUGAAUGGGAUUCUUGAUGAAAGCAUUGAGAGGAAGAGUGGGGAAAUACCUUAUCGUGUAGCUUGCUUGUUGAGAAAGGUCAUACAGGAGAUCGAACGACGUAUUUCAACUCAGGCGGAACACAUACGAAAUCAAAAUAAUCUUAUCAAAGCGCGUGAAGAGAAGUACCAAUCAAGGAUCAGAGUGCUCGAGACACUAGCGAGUGGGACAAGUGAACAGACUCAGAUUGUUGCAAACCAUCUGCAGCAGAUAAAGACUGAGACAAACAAGGUUGAUGAGAAGAAAAGGGUUGGGGAAGAAGAAAUGACCAGGUUAAUAAAGGAGAAGGGAAAUAGUGAUCUUAUAAUUUCAAACCUUAAGAAAGAGCUAGAAUCUUUAAAGACCGGAGAAGAACAGGUAACCAGGUUGAUGAAGGAGAAGGAAGAUUGUGAUCUUAUAAUUUCAAACCUUAAGAAAGAGUUAGAAGCUUUAAAGACCGGAGAAGAACAGAUAUCCAGGUGGAUGAAGGAGAAGGGAGACUGUGAUCUUAUAAUUUCAAACCUUAAGAAAGAGUUAGAAGCUUUAAAGACCGGAGAAGAACAUGUAACCAGGUUAAUGAAGGAGAAGGGAGAUAGUGAUCUUAUAAUUUCAAACCUUAAGAAAGAGCUAGAAGCUUUAAAGACCAGAGAAGAACGGGUAACCAGGUUAAUGAAAGGGAAGGGAGAUAGCGAUCUUAUAAUUUCAAAAUUAAAGCAAGAGUUGGAAACUUCAAAGAAUGGGGAAGAACAAGUAACCAGGCUAACAAAGGAGAAAAAAGAUAGUGAUCUUAUAAUUUCAAAACUUAAGCAAGAGUUAGAAACUUUAAAGAAUGGAGAAGAACAAGUAACCAGAUUAAUGAAGGGGAAGGAAGAGUGUGAUCUUAUAAUUUUAAAACUAAAGCAAGAGUUAGAAAAUUUAAAGAAGUCUUAUGAAGAACAAGGUCAGCUACUAGAAACAAAAAAGGAAGAUGUUAUAAGGCUCAGCAAGGAAAAGGAAAAUAGUGAUAAUAUAAUUUCAAAACUCAAGCGAGAAAUUGAAGUAGCAAAGAAGUUACAUGAGCAACAAUGCCAGCAACUGGAAAUCAAGGCUAAGGAAACAAAAGUGGAGCUAGAGAAGAGGAUAAAGGAAGUUGAGCACUUGUUAGAAGAGUCGAGAAGGAGAACAAAAGAACUCGAGUUAUCUUCAGAAUCAAAAUUCAAAAAGUAUAUCGAAAAAGAAUCCCUCGUCCGCAAGUUUACAGGUGUGCAACUGCAAAAUGUACAGGAAUUGAGGCUGUCUUCUGUGUCAAUCAGGCAUGAAGUCUUAAAUACUCAAAACAGAUGGUCUGAAGAAAUUAAUAACCUUGGUCAAAGGCUCAAAGUAAUGAUAGAUGCUGCACAAAAUUAUCAUGCAACUCUUGCAGAAAACAGGAAGUUGUACAAUGAGAUUCAGGAAUUAAAAGGAAAUAUUAGGGUUUACUGUCGUAUAAGACCUUUUCUUCCUGGAGAGAACCGAAAAUCAACAACAAUUGAAUAUAUUGGACAGAAUGGUGAGAUUCUUCUUGCAAAUCCCUCCAAACAGGGAAAAGAUGGCCAUAAGAUGUUUACCUUCAACAAAGUCUUCGGUCCUGUGGUUACUCAAGAGGAAGUCUUCGUGGAUAUUCAGCCACUAAUAAGAUCUGUUCUUGAUGGCUACAAUGUAUGCAUCUUUGCAUAUGGCCAAACUGGAUCUGGGAAAACCUACACAAUGACUGGGCCUAAUAAUUUGACAGAGAAGGAGUGGGGAGUCAACUAUCGAGCUUUGAAUGACCUUUUCCAUAUUUCUCGGAAUAGAGGUGAUACAAUUAUGUAUGAAGUUGGUGUUCAGAUGGUUGAAAUUUACAAUGAGCAAGUCCGCGACCUUCUUAUCAAUGACGGCUCUCAGAAGAAACUUGGGAUUUUGAAUAUUUCCCAACCCGAUGGACUAGCUGUACCUGAUGCAAGUAUGCACCCUGUAAAAUCAACCUCUGAUGUGAUCGAAUUGAUGCAAAGAGGGUUUGCAAAUAGAGCUGUCGGAGCCACUGCUCUCAAUGAUAGAAGUAGCAGAUCUCACAGUAUUGUGACAGUUCAUGUUCGAGGCUUGGAUCUCAAAACUGGAGCCACAUUGCGUGGUUCACUUCAUCUGGUAGAUCUUGCAGGAAGCGAGAGGGUUGACCGUUCUGAAGUUACCGGCGAUCGGCUCAAAGAAGCACAACAUAUCAACAAAUCCUUAUCUGCCCUUGGAGAUGUUAUAUUUGCAUUAUCACAAAAGAAUGCUCAUGUACCAUAUAGGAACAGCAAGCUUACUCAAGUCCUACAAAGUUCUUUAGGUGGACAUGCAAAGACAUUAAUGUUCGUGCAAAUUAAUCCGGAUGCUUCAUCUUAUUCCGAGAGUCUAAGCACUUUGAAGUUUGCUGAAAGGGUAUCUGGGGUGGAGUUAGGGGUUGCAAGGAGCCAAAAAGAGGGCAAAGAUGUCAGAGAACUAAUGGAACAGGUGUCAUUCCUCAAAGAUACAAUUGCGAAAAAGGAUGAGGAAAUUGAGCAUUUGCAAUUGCUCAAAGAUGUUAAGACCCACUCCCCUCGACUAAAGGUUGAAAAGCACGGCGCUGCCUUAUUAAAGCACUCCUCCUCCUCUCCUGGCGUGUCAUUGCUAUCUGGCUCCACUGCACCGCAAAACCAAAAGUCGUCAAUUGGAAGGACAGUAACCAAUAAUAGAGCAGCUCCAGAUACCGAUGUCUUUUCGGAUAACAGUGACAGGCAUUCUGAAGCAGGUUCGUUGCAGUCAAUCGAUGAUUUUAAGCACCAGAAAGAAAUUGUGAUUGGGCAGUCAAAGCUUUCUGGAGGGGAGACAGGUCAGAGUUCGAUAGAGCUUGAUUUUGUGAGCCUUGGUGAUGCAGAUUAUGAGGAACGGUUAAGUGACAUAUCGGACAGUGGCCUUUCAAUGGGAACAGAGACCGAUGGUUCGAUAAGCAGUGUUGUUGAGUUUACACUCUUCCCGGAGAGUGAGCAGUCGUCAGAUGCCACAAGAGAGAAAGCGGGUAAAGCUCCAACACGAAUACCUAGACCAUCUUCUUCCCAGAAAUUACAAACAACCUCACUCCGAGCUAAACCAAAAGAGGCUCUGAAAUCUCCAAGUUUGAGGAGAAGUACAACCACCCAAGCAGCGGUAUCUUCACCCCGGACUCCAAAAAGAUGGCAAUAGACCAAGUACUUUGUGAGAUUUCUUUUUCAUGUAUGUUUACUUUUGUACAGUCUCAGAAACUAUAAGCAGGUUCCUCUGGCAGAUGCAACUAUUAUAUUCAUCACCAGCCCUCUGUUUCUUUGGUGCAAAGUGGUGAGUUGUAUUGUUGGUAGGAUGUAAAUUUUUUCUAAUUCUUUGUAAUUGUCAAUCAUUAAAAUGAUCUUCUAUCUCGCAUAUUAAGAUAUUGUAAUAUUCUUGCCAGCAUAAGAAAUCUCUGUAUUUACGAUGACA